AUGCCUUGCUGGGCGGGGGCGAAGAAUGGGAUUACUAUAGACCUGACAACCGCUGAUUGUCUGUAUGCUGACACCACCGAGCCGAUCUCCAUCCAGUUCUUCGUGCUCGAAGGCCGGGAGGUGAUCGAGAAGUCCGAGAAGUUCCACCUGACGAACAAGGGAGAUUUGAUGGAACGGGCAAAGACGCGCACUUUCCAUAUUCACAAGAGUUCCGGGUAUUGUCGUGAGAAGAAGCUCUGCUCCGAGCUCUCCUUCGUCGGACUAUUCGUUGGAGACCGUGAGAGCAAGGAGAUGGAAUUCGACACCUGGAAUGCCAACAAUAUCUCAGUGGCUUUCCACUUUGAUCAUCAGAAGCAUGAGUACAACUUCGACUUCAGCACCGACGGGGAAUGCGUGCGUCCACUCCACUUCUGGUCUCCGGAAUUCUGGCACAGAUACGGCCCGGAACAAGAAUUCGAAGAACGUUCCGACGAGUACGCCCUCGGCGACAAGGUCUUCAACCCGACCUACAUCUUUUUC